AGUACGGAUUCUUCGAAGGAAGUGACGUAUUUGGAUGGAUUCUCUUCCGCCGGGAUGAUUCUUUAGAGUAUGAAGACCGUGUCAUGUAGUGGUAGUAGCCAACGGGUGCCGUGCCAGGUUCGUAAUAAGGUCGAGCAAGUACCUAGGAAAAAUGAGCAGUUGAAUCGUCGCUCCACCAGGUCCAAAACUAAGAGCAGAGACGAGGCUAGGGCAAUGGAUGUUUUUCGUGGUCUUUAUUUUCUCUCUCAAGUCAGCAGGAUUAAGAGCGAUAAUUUUGUGUCAAGAUUACACGUGCUCACUGCUGCAUUACUUUUGACAUUUUCUAUAACAGUUACCACAAGACAGACUGUAGGCAAUCCCAUAGACUGUGUACACACAAGAGAGAUACCUGUAGAAGUAUUCAAUGCUUAUUGCUGGGUGCACAGUACCUAUAUUGUGACGGGUGCAAUGUUAGGGGUAGUUGGUGUAAACGUCGCAUUUCCGGGAGUGGGACCAUCGCUUCAUCAGUAUCCAUAUCGAAACAGUCAUCAUCACCAGGAGCAGGAUGAUCGUGUUAGAAUGAUGAAGAGCCUACCCAAACAAAUAAAAUAUUAUCAAUGGGUCGCUUUCACCUUAUUCUUUCAGGUAAAUGAUUCUCAGUAGAUCCGUAUGAAUGAAUUUCAUAAUAACGAGAUACGCUAGUAUUUACUAUAGCCAUAUUUUUGUACCAGCAUAACGUAACAUAACAAUAAUAUAAUUUACAUCCUAACCAA